AUGCUGGUUUUACCGCUCCCUUCAAUACUCACAGGACUUUUGCUGCCGUUCUGCUUGGUGGAAGCUGUGUCACAACAGAGCGUGCAGCAGGCCGUAGACAGACUUGAUAGCUUUAUUCAGUCCGUACUCAAUGACACCCAGGUCCCCAGUAUCGCUGCUGCUGUCGUCUACAAUGACUCUAUCCUCUACGCCAACGCCUUUGGAGUGCGGGAGGUUGGAAGCAACGAAUCAGCAACCGCCGAGACAGUGUAUCAAUUGGCAUCCUUGUCGAAGCCAAUAAGCUCGACAAUAGUUGCGCAGCUUGUUGGUAACGGACAUCUCAGCUGGACGUCGAAAGCAAACGAGCUUGACUCGAGCAUCGAGCUCUCCGACCCUUGGAUCACAGGUGAAGUUACUGUCGAGGAUUUCUUUUGUCAUCGUAGUGGGUUGUUUGGAAAUGCAGGCAACGAUCUUGAACCGUUCGGUUACAAUCGAAAGGAGAUUUUGUCGAGAAUGAAGUUUCUGGAACCUACUGGAUCCUUCAGAGUUGAUUACCAGUACAGCAACUAUGGCAUCACCAUGGGUGCUGUUGCCGCAGCCACCGCCGCCGGUCUCUCCUGGGAAGAAGCCACAUCUCGUCUUUAUGAAUCUUGCAACAUGACAUCCACGAGCUCGGAAUACGAUGACUUUCUUCAGCGAUCCAACAGGGCAUCGCUUCAUAUUCGAGCUGGCAAUGGAACCAACUUCAGCGAGCCAUAUAUCCGGGCACCUGAACGCAACCCGGAUGCUCAAGCACCAGCAGGUGGUGUGACUUCCAGUGUCCUUGAUCUUGCCCAGUGGCUCAGACUUCAACUCGGCAAUGGGACGCGGGACGGGCAACAGAUUGUCUCUUCUGAGCCUUUGCAGUACACUCAUCAACCCCAAAUCAACCGAGGCCCCGAUCCUGCCACGAAUCGAUCAGCGUUCUAUGGAUUAGGCUGGAAUGUCGAUUAUUCGUCUUCUGGCAUCUUCGUCGGUCAUGCCGGUGCCUUCACUUCUGGCACGCGGUCAUAUGUGAGGAUGAAUGUUGCGGACGGCAUCGGAAUAGUGGUGCUGAGUAAUUGCUGGCCGACAGGUGUGCCAGAUGGCAUUACGUACACCUUUUUGGAUUGGGUGUACCAGGGAAACCGGACUGGGUCCCGGGACUGGGUAUCUUUUUGGGACGAUGAAUACGAUGAACUCAACGAGAACUUUGGAGUAUCGGAUCCCGGCCUUGCUAUCACACCAGUCAAUGCUUCAGCGCCACUUGAAGGAGAAGAUGUAUACGUUGGGACAUACUUCAAUGACUAUGUGGGAGCCGUAAGUGUUAGUGGAACGGAUAAUCGCAACCUUUCGAUGCAAAUUGGUGAAAGGACCUUGCCACUGACGCACUGGGAUCGAGAUGUUUUCAUCUUAAGACCUGUGCUGGAAAAUCCAGAGUAUCCUACUACAGUGACGUUUGUCGUUGGCGCAGGAGGCCAAGCUCAACAAGUGCUUGUCGAGGAUUUGAACGGCGAUGGAGGGGGUGUUUUGAGCAGACAGGUCGAAGAAUAG